AUGCUCUCAUCCCUAUCACCGAGCCUGUCAAAUACGCGGCAAUCGCUGGCGCAGAUGCUCAAUUUUGCGCUGGUUCUGUCUACGGCGUUUAUGCUCUGGAAGGGUCUGUCCGUGUUCACGGCAUCCAGCUCCCCCAUUGUGGUUGUGCUCUCUGGGUCCAUGGAACCCGCUUUUCAGAGAGGCGAUCUCCUGUUCCUGUGGAAUCGCAGUCCACGAGCUGAAGUGGGUGAGAUUGUUGUUUACAAUGUGAAAGGGAAGGAUAUCCCUAUCGUGCAUCGCGUUGUUCGCACAUUCCCGGAGAUUGAGGGAAAGGCAAAGAAGGUGAAGGAGGUUUCCGAGUCCUCCGUGCCGAAUAACAUGCUACUUACCAAGGGCGACAAUAAUGUGGCGGACGAUACCGAGCUCUAUGCACGAGGACAGGAUUAUCUCAAUCGUCAGGAGGACAUUGUAGGCAGCGUGAGAGGGUAUAUCCCCUUGGUGGGAUAUGUGACCAUCAUGCUCAGCGAAUAUCCAUGGCUUAAAACGGCACUGUUGGGAAUUAUGGGGUUGAUGGUGAUGUUACAACGGGAAUAA